CGGGUUCGAUUGGUGCCAGAGCGCAGCCUAACUCGGGAACAGACUAUUUAGUGCUGGAUAACAUAAUGUCAUCAUGGUUGCUACAUAAAAAAAAAGUUGUAAGCUUCGAUUACCUUCUACUGUUCCAAUUCAAUAUUCAUUUGUAGCCGGUUUGUCCUGUUCAACGGUUGUUGGUAAAGUAAAUCUUUGUGAGGAUUAUUCCGUACCUAUCGGUUCGAGUUAUCAUGAAAAUAAUGCAUGAAAAGCUAAAUACUAUAGAAGACACGGAAAGUAUGUGGAAAACAUUGAUUAUUACUUUUGCGGACAUAUUGCACGAUCAUGAACCGCAUCUUGAAAAGAUUCUGAGCAUGAUCCGUACCGAUAUUACAUACGAUGAUCCUGGUCUUUUUCCGAAAACAUUAUUAAAUGACGAAGAAAGACAUCGGUGCAGAUGCUCUAAUUACUGGCUUAUGUAUCAAAUUCUCAGAAUAGCAUCAUUGGAAACUUAUGAAAGCAUUUCAGAAAGUUAUACCAGUUUACAAAAGGAAAUUAUCAAAGCUUCUUACAUAAAACAACGAUGGCUGGCUCUCGAUACACUUAGAGAGUUUAUUAAGCUAUUGAACCAGAUGAAUGAUUUUAAAAAAGGGUGCCCGGAAGCAAUUACUACUUUUUAUGAUGCAUUUCAGAACGUCACAGCACAAGAGAACAGUAUCGGAAGUUUUAAUUUACUACCACAUCAACCCAGAGUGUGUAAUGCACGCAUUUCGCAGUUUACUUUCCAAUGA